AUGAAUAAUCUAAAUCUUGGCAACGAAUCUACCCGCCAUCAAUAUAAAAUCGCUGUUUCUGCAACUGAUUGUUGGUUUGGUAAUGUUAUCGCUAGGAGUCUUCUUUUGGAAAGCAAGCGUAGCGUGGUCACGAUCCGUUGCUUGGCUCAAGAAACCAAUAAACACGUCAGGAAACUUGAAUGUAUAGGUGGUGAAAUUCAUAAGAUCGAUUAUGAUCGUCCUGAACAAAUUAGAGACGCUUUACACGGUGUUGAUUUCUUGAUUUUCAGUAGUGAAUCUGGUAAAAACCGUGUUAAAGAAGCUAAAAUCUUGGCUGAUGCUGCUGCUGAUAGGGACGUUUGUAACGCGAUUAUCUUAUCGUUGGAAGGUGCAGAAGAUGGUGAUGGUAAAAUUAUGAAUGAUUUUAGAGAAAUUGAAAAGGAUGUGUGCCAGAGAAUUAAGAAUGCUUGUGUGCUCAGAAAUUCUUUCCUUCAACAAGCUUUCUUCCUUUGGUCUCCAAAUAUUGAAAACAAAGGAGAAAUCAAUAUGACUCCUUGUGAAAGUAACGAAUGGGCUCCUGUUAAUCUUGAUGACAUUAUUUGCGCGAUCGCAUGCUUAAUGUUUCAAGAGCAUAAGGGGGUAAUCGAACUCAGCAAAAAACAUCGAGGCAAGGUCUAUUGCUUGACCGGUCCUGAACUUUUAUCUGGUCGUAAAAUUGCUGAUACAAUCAAUCGUGCCAUUGAAGGCAGAGGUGAUGUUGAAUACCGCUCCGUUAAUC